CAGUUUGGGGAUGGGCACUUCUUAUUCCAACAUGACUGUGUACCAGUGCACAAGUGGAUUCAACGAGCAACACACAAUCAGUUUCACUUUCUGAUUUAAAAUGAAGCACCACAUCGCUCCUUAAACACAACAGAGCAAGCAAACACCUCAUUGGCUGAGCAGACUUUCAGAAAGAAAAGGCUGCUGAAAAAACCCGGGCUUGUCACAUUACUGUGAGCAUGCCAUGCAUGGAAUCAGAGCACUUCAGAAGAACUAAAAGCUGAAACUUACCUAAAAUAAUUACAAAAAACUCAACAUUGUGAGGGUGAACUGCUCUCAGGUCAAUAUCCAACCAAAAGGGUGAAGUAUGGCAUCUGUGUACACUAUCACUACUGGUGAAACACUGAACACCCAUGAAAGAUUCAAGUCACAUCUCCCUUGGGGUUCAUGCAAAAAUGUCUCUAACAGCAAAGACUGUGACGUCAUCCUGGCAUUCUGUCCAGUCACGUCUCGAGUCGGGACUGACAUUGAGGCAGCGUUGCGAGUCAUUCCAGAGGGUAAACCUUUAGCGUUGGUGGUGCUUCACCACACAUUUGACAGCAACUACACUUUGCCCGACACAAAGAGGUUCAUGAAGCGGCCCGACUCCAUCACUGUGGACAGCCUGUUCACCGAUGACGGACUGAUGAGAUGCCCUUGUAAUGAUGACGCAGUGCGAACUGUCGCCAAGUUCCUGCAGCAACAUGGGAAACGCCCAAGAGGCACACUGGCCCUGGGCCUGCUCAUCCUCAUCUUGUUGUGUGUGGCCAUUUCCACAUUUUCCAACCAAGCAGCAGAGUUAGUUCAUACCAAGAAAGAACUUGAAAGGAUGAGGCAAAACUGUACGAAAUUACAGGGGACAAUUGACUCUCAAGCGGAAGAAAUUAAGAACUAUAAGGAAAUGACAAGGAUAGCAAUUGAAAAAAAUCACUCUCUCAAGGAGGAGGUUGAAAACUAUACGGAAUUAAACAGGAAAGCAAAUGAAACAAUUGACUCUCUCAAGAAAGAGGUUGAAAACUAUAAAGAAUUUAACAGGAAAGCAAAUGAAACAAUUGACUCGCUCAAGAAAGAGGUUGAAAACUAUAAAGAACUGGACAGAAAGGCAAAUAAAACCAUUGACUCUUUCAACAAAGAGAUUGACAACUGUAAGGUAUUGGACACAGAAGCAAAGAAAGAAAUUAAGUCUCUCAAAAAAGAGGUUGAAAACUGUAAGGAAUUGGACACAGAAGCAAAGAAAGAAAUCAAGUCUCUCAAAAAAGAGGUUGAAAACUGUAAGGAAUCGAACAGAGAACCAAAUAAAGAAAUUCAUUAUCUCAAGAAAGAGGUUGAAAAUUAUAAGGAAUUGGACAGGAAAGCAAAUGAAAAAAUUGGUUCUCUCGAGAAAGAGGUUAAAAACUGUAAGGAAUUGGAAAAAGGAAAGGAAAAGGAUAAACAACCUAAUGAGAAAAAGACAGAUCACUUUUUACAAGGUGUGUUGCUGCUGUUCGUGUUGUCCUUUGUUGGGUAUGUCAUAAACAUGUAUGGCAGAAUGAAAAGAGAUGAUAAAAAGGGGGAGGAGAGCAGCGCAGCGACCGUCAACUUCAAGGCACCUGACCCUAACCUAACCCGAGAGUCUUCCAUGCAGCACUCCCUGGAAGACGCCAUUGCAGGCAUAAAUAUCCAAAAGGUGGGAAAAAGUGAUAGCCAAAGAAAUGUAACAGAGAAGGAUGGCAAAAAGUGGGAGGAGGAGGAGAAUAGCACAGAGGGACACGGGGACAGUGAAAAAGAAGAAUCAAAGGAGGAUGGCAAUAUGAAACAGGCAAGAAGAAGACAGGGCAAGAAGACGACAGGGAAGCAGAAAAGUAAGCCUUAAAAGUGUGUUUGCUGUAACGUUGUAUGCUAAAGCCGAAUUUAGGUUUGACUU